UGAAUGUAUGUAGUGAAGCACCGAAGGAGGACUGUAGUAUUGGCUAGAGCUGUGUAUUGAACUAGACAUGAUGCCAAUGGGAGGUUAAUUCUGACCGCAAAGGAUAUUAAAUCAAUCCCUUUUAUUUUCCCUCGUUUUAGGGGGAAACAUAUAUGAACCAAUUUCUGUCUUUGAGACUCGAAAGCUAAGGACUGUAAAAUAAUAGCUUGCCACGAGCAAACACGAAGGAGAGUAGCAAGCUAAUAGCUAGCCAAUGAAGAAAUCUCUUUGUGGAUUAAAGGAGAAUUAGCGUGUUGUCAAAACCGUCCUGGAAGAGACCAAGAUCUUCGAAUACUUGGGAAGAAGACCGUAACAUUAACGGACGGCAAACAAUAACGCGGUCUUUCGCUGUAUCGAGGAAUUUACCUGACAUUAGCUUGGUGCUCGAAGCUAUUCUGUUAGCUUGUUAGUCUACAUUUCUGUGUGGAAAUCAAACUGGCUCCUAGCGACACAGCGUAGCUGCUGCUAUUUCUAAUUAUUCUGCUGACAAUAAAGUUAAUGCAUAUACAGUGUGCACGUCUCUUUACAAAACAUUUUGAAACACGAGUGAAAGCCUGAAAACAACUCAACUAGGUGCAGUUACCUGGUUAGUUAUGGACAUUGUUUACGUUUUUUGUCGCUGAUGCCAUGGAGAACGGACAGUAGUUGCGACGGAAUUAUAGAAACAUAUUCGACAUCAUGUAGUUAACUGGGCACUUUGAAUGCGUCCUGCUUAUUAAUGAACGGUGGUGAGGUGGUCAAACUAUGCCAUAUAAAAUGACAGCUGGCGGUAAGAAUUGACACCGUGUUCUCGGGGCAUUGUUGCUGUUAGCCAUGCGUACUGCAGAGUGUAGCAUCCUUUCCGUCCACAAUUGAAACGCUAACACCACAACGUUUUAACGUUACAAUUCUAAAAAGAGACCCGAAGACAAUCUGGUGGUCCUUCGCUGGAUUAAAGGAGCCAAACUUCGCCUACUGGACUGCAGGCUUUGCUACGUUCAUUUGUUUUAUUAGGAUUUCUAGUUUUGUUUUAUGUCUGGAAUAAAAAUAGAUUCUGUCCUCGGACUAAUGUCCAAUAAUAUAAUGACAUCAGCACUAUAGCGAAAUAAAUACCCAGGCUUGUUCAUUCCAAAUGACAGGCUAGAUACGUGUGAUUGUUUCGAGGUUUUUGCAAAGUGCAUAUUAGCCAUAGACAUAGAAAGGACAUCCCUGGAUAAACAACGUCCUGCUGUUGUUGGACUGAACUGUUGGAAAAUGGAAACGGUUGGAGACUUUGAAUACAGCAGGAAGGACCUGGUUGGACAUGGGGCUUUCGCCGUCGUGUUCAAAGGAAGGCACAGGAAGAAGACCGACUGGGAGGUGGCCAUCAAGAGCAUCAACAAGAAGAACCUGUCCAAGUCCCAGAUUUUACUGGGGAAGGAGAUCAAGAUCCUCAAGGAGCUUCAGCAUGAGAACAUCGUGGCUCUCUACGAUGUGCAGGAAACACCGAGCUCUGUGUUCUUGGUGAUGGAGUACUGUAACGGAGGGGACCUGGCUGACUACCUGCAAGCUAAAGGCACUCUGAGGGAGGACACGCUGCGGGUCUUCCUGCAGCAGAUCGCGGCGGCCAUGCGCAUCCUCAACAGCAAGGGCAUCAUCCACCGCGACCUCAAGCCCCAGAACAUCCUGCUCUCCUACACCGGCCGCAAGAAGGGCAGCCUGAACGGCAUCCGCAUCAAGAUCGCUGACUUUGGCUUUGCGCGCUAUCUCCAGAGCAACAUGAUGGCUGCCACACUCUGCGGAUCGCCCAUGUACAUGGCCCCAGAAGUCAUCAUGUCGCAGAACUACGACGCCAAAGCUGACCUGUGGAGCAUCGGGACCGUGGUGUACCAGUGCCUCGUGGGAAAACCGCCCUUCCAGGCCAACAGCCCGCAGGACCUGCGCAUGUUUUACGAGAAGAACAAGACGCUGGAGCCCAGCAUUCCGAGGGAGACCUCUCCGCACCUGUGCGACCUGCUCCUGGGCCUGCUGCAGAGGAACCAGAAGGACCGCAUGGAUUUCGAUGCAUUUUUCAGCCACCCUUUCCUGGAUCCAGCGUCAACUAUUAAGAAAUCUUGCCCAGUGCCUGUUCCCAGCUGUCCCGGCUCCGUGUUGGACAGCACCUGUGGCAGCUCCCCCUCCUGCCGAUACGUCUCCCCCCCGUCCCUGCCCGACAUGCAGACUCUGCCCGAGGACGUGCUGGCCUCGCCCCCCCUCGGCCCCCCAAACUACUUGCAGCUCUCCAAGGAGUCCGGCGGCAGUACCAGCAGCAAGAACUCCUCCUGCGACACGGACGACUUCGUGCUGGUGCCCCACCUCUCCGGAGAGCAGUCCUAUGACCUGCCGUUAGGGGCCACAGGCAGACGGCCUUCCAGCGAGUUCCUCAUGUGUGGAGGGCAGCCGCCGCCGCCGCCGCCGCACGCCGGCCAGACGCCGGCGGUGUCCCCGCGCGCGGAGACCACGCCCAUCCCGGUGCCCACCCAGGUGCGCAACUACCAGCGGAUCAAGCAGAACCUGUCCAGCAGCCCCAGCCCCACGCAGUACGGCUCCCCCAGGUCCGGUACGGUGCGCCGGUCCAACACCAGCCCCAUGGGCUUCCCCAAGGCGGGCUCCGGGUCGCCCAGCUCGGCUGAGGGGGCCCAAACGCUGGGCCGCCGCCUCUCCACCGGCUCCUCCCGCCCCUACUCCCCCUCCCCCCUGGUGGGCACCAUUCCAGAGCAGCUUGGUCCGUGCUGCUGUGGACACACUCCUCAGGGACAGGAGGCUCGAACCCGCAGCUCAACUGGAGGGUCCCCUGGCCCCCCCUCCCAGUUGCUAGGAGCCCGGCUGCACAGCGCCCCCACCUUGACGGAGGUCUACCACAAGCAGAAGCUGCAGAAGCAGCUGUCGGACCCCGUGUACCCCAUCCAGCCCUCCAGCUCCGCCUACCCCAGCAGCCACUCCCCCCAGCUGGGCCGGCCCGGCAGCCUGGGCACCUCCCCCACCAAGCACCUGGGCUCCUCCCCCCGCUCCUCCGAUUGGCUGCAGAAGUCCCCGCUGCCCACCAUCAUCGGCUCUCCCACCAAGACGACGGCGCCUUUCAAGAUCCCCAAAACGCAGGCGUCCUGCAACCUGAUGGCCCUGGCGUCCCAGCAGGGCCUGGCGGACAGCCCCGUCCCCGCCAGAACCCUGGGCGAGUUCCGGGACCUCUGCGCCCACCACUGCACCCCGUACCCCAGCGCGCGCCAGGCCACCCCCGAGCCAAGCAGGACCACCUUCGGCCGGUCGGUCAGCACGGGUCGUCUCUCCGAGCCGGUGAGGAUCUCCCUGGGGGGUCAGCCCUACCAGGGCAGCACCGACAGCCUGAACACCGAGAGGCCCAUGGACACAGCCCCUGCAGGGAUCGGUGGGGCGAGCCCUCGCACCGUGCUGUUCACCGUGGGGUCCCCCCCAAAGUGCAGCACCCCGCCCACCUGCAGUCACCUGGGCUCCCGGCCACGCACCACCUCAGUGGGGUCCAGCAGCUCUGCAGGGUCUCUGUGCUCCACCAGUGGGCGUGUGUAUAUGGGGUCCCCGCCCAGCAUGGCCAUAGGCUCCUCCCCCCCCGGCGCGGAGGCGGGGCCCAGCAGCCUGCGCUACGUCCCCUACGGCACCUCCCCCCCCAGCCUGGACGGCUUCAUCACGUUCGAGGCCCCUGAACUACCCGAGGAAACGCUCAUGGAGCGGGAGCACACGGACACGCUGAUGCACCUGCGCAUGAUGCUGUCCUUCACCGACGGCGUGCUGGAGAUCGCCGCAGUGCGGGCAGGCGGAGCAGAUCUGGGCGUGUCCGCCGCCUCUCUCUACCCCCCUCAGGAUAGCGUGGUGGUGGACCAGAUCAGCCAGCUCAGCAGGGAGUGGGGGCAGGUGGAGCAGUUGGUGCUGUACAUGAAGGCUGCCCAGCUCCUGGCCUCCUCUCUGCACCUGGCCAAGGCCCAGAUCAAAUCCGCCAAACUCAACCCCUCCACCGCCGUCAAACAAGUGGUGCGCAGCCUGAACGAGCGCUAUAAGAGCUGCAUCUCUCUGUGCCGGCGCCUGACGGACCGCCUGCAGCACUUCUUCUCCGAUAAGCAGCGCUUCGUGGACGAGAUCAACAGUGUGACAGCCGAGAAACUCAUCUACAACCACGCUGUGGAGAUGGUGCAGACGGCGGCGCUGGAUGAGAUGUUCCAGCAGACGGAGGACAUCGCCUUCCGCUACAACAAGGCCGCCAUGCUGCUGGAGGGGCUGUCCAAGGUUCUGCAGGACCCGGCCGACAUCGAGAACGUCAACAAGUAUAAAGCCAGUGUGGAGCGGCGGAUCUCUGCACUCUGUUACUGCACUGUCACGCUGUACGAGUAGGCCACGCCCACAAGGGACCACCUGUCUGCUGUCACAGGGACCACGCCCUUACCUGAGCACCUGAACAACCGGAGGCACACCCCCACCCCCCCCCCCCCAGCCCUUCUCUCUUGUAGCAGUUGAAGCACUUUUCCUUUUUAUUCUGUUGAGAAAAAAACAGUGUUAUUCCCUAUUGCCUCAUGAACUGAGUGCAAAGCAGGAGAGACUCGCAUAUCCACAACCAAAGAUGAUGAUGAUGGUGACGAAGAAGAAAGAAAGCCAGACAAAAUGACUGAACAAAAAAAGUCCAAAUCAGAUCACAAACCACUUGUGGGACUGUUAGGAAACUGAACUCUCCUACAGAACUCGCCCUGAGACUGUUCAGUUCUUAAAAGCGAAGCACAGUACAGCAAACAUUAUUAUUAUUCUUAUUAUUAAUAUUAUUAUUAUAUUCUUACUGUUGCAGUUAUUUAUUGGUUAGGGAAAACGCUUUUCCAGAUGAGAUAAUCCUGUCUGUUGAACAUUCAGUAAUGAGUGGCAGAUAUUUUGAGUGAACACAUUUACAUUCACAUUUACCUACAUCCACACAAACAAACACUCACAAUAGAAACUGACUGACACACACACACACGGGAAUUUACACAUGCAUACAUGCGCACAGACACACACAGCAGUGUAAAGAGCCUGUAGAUGUGUAAUUAUCUUUUUUUUUGCAGAAGCACUUUAUGAACAGUGAUGGUUGGAAGCAGAUUUCCAUUUGGUAGUGAACACAAAUUGAAGGUUGGCGGGUUAAACUGAUGGGGUGUGGGUGGGGGGGGGGGGGGGUGGAAGGAGACUCAAUUAGUUUCCUGUACCACUGAGAGACUCCUCCCACUGAGGGACUCCUCCCACAGACAGACUCCUCCCAAUGAGAGACUCCUCCAACAGACAGACUCCUCCCACUGAGAGACUCCUCCCACAGACAGACUCCUCCCACUGAGAGACUCCUCCCACUGUCUGACUCCUCCCACUGAGAGUCUCCGUCCACUGACAGACUCCUCCUAUUGAUAGACUCCUCCCACUGACAGACUUCUCCCACUGAGAGACUCCUCCCACUGUCUGACUCCUCCCACUGAGAGACUCCUCGGACCCCGCCUCUGGACCUGGCUCGGCUCGGCUCGGCUCGGCUCGGCCUGGUUCUCCCUCGUUACUGUACUGGACUUCCGCGCCGCGUGCAGGGGCUGCCGGGCUCAAGCGGCGUCAGCAAAGCGGGCGAUACGCAAGACGCCAUCUCCCCGGCCUCGUCUUCCUCACACUGCAAUCAGAGAGACUGCGGGGGGGGGGGGCGGGGCGCGUCACCGUCCCCGUCACCACGGAGACCGGAUCACGUCACUGCCCCCCCGUCGCCACGGAGACCGGAGUACAUCACGGCCCCCGUCGCCACGGAGACCGGAGUGCAUCGCAACCCCCGUCGACGCGGCGGCGGAAGCGCACCGCGGCUCUCGUUACCACGGCAAUGGUUCUGGCCUCUUAGAGCCGUCUGCUGCCGAGUCCAAUCAGAAGUGGGGAAAUUACUUGAGUAGUUUUACCGAAGUUUCAUUUUCUUAGAAAAACAUAGACGUUUUUUAAAAAAUGUUUAUUAAUAACUGUAUCUAAUUUUCAAGGAAAGUUGAUGUUUGCAAAAUGUAAAUAUUUGUAUGUCGUGCAUGUGAUUUUUAUUUGACCUUUUCCUGAAUGAAUGCGAGAGGCAAAGUGUGGGAUAAGAGACAGGAAGUGAUGUCAGCGGAUGCUCUGCCUGUGAAGCAGCACAAAACGUUCUUGUGCAGGGAUUGGCCUGUUUUCACAAAGAGCCUCAGGGUAAGAGCACUGAUCCAGGGUCAGUCUUCCCGUGUCCACGUCCGACUCCUGUCCCUUUAGAGCCAAAAUGGCUGAACUGAUCCUGGAUCAGGCCUUUGUGAAUAGGGGCCUUUGAGUUAGAGAUCUGUUACUGCCACACCUUUCGCCUGCACACUGCCACGCCCCUGGGGGGGGAGCCGGCAGUGCAAUGAGAACUGCACUCCUGUAUGAACUGUAGACUUGGAAUGUUGACCAAUGAAAUCUUGAGUCUGUAUGCUUCUUACCGAACGAGAAAAAGCCUUUUGCUGGUUUAAUGCAGGCCUCCCCCUCACACUCGCCCCCAAACUUCUGCCGUGACCUCACCAUGGUCACAACAGUGCUAGUGUGUCCUCACCGACAAGGUGUGUGAUAGGCCAGCUCUCUAACCAAUCAGAAGUGGUGCAGAUCCAGCUGAAGGCCGUCCGUUUCUCUCUCUCUCUCUCUCUCUCUCUCUCUCUCUCUCCCUCCCUCCCUCCCUCCCAUCUCUCUCUGUACAUGUGUGAAAAUCCCCUGCUGCUUAACAGCAUAGCUGGGCCUUUCUCAUUAUGUCCAGCUUUUAUUUUUAAAUACUGAAUUUCCGAUUUCUUGAGCACUGCACCCUGACUGAAGCCUUUCGUACGCUGAGCGGGGACCUGACCUGUCCUUCCCCAUGAGGGUCACCGCCUCUGCAGCACCCCCACCCCCACCCCCACGCCCACACCCACACCCACCCCCUGUCACCUGUCACCUCCCACCUCCCGAGCAAACCAUCGGUACUAAGCACACUUUAUACCCCUAGAUUCAUAGAAUGCAUCAGCCUUUCCGCAAAAGCCCCUCUUCAUCUCUUCAGAAUGAAUGAGCAGCUCCUCAUCCAGCUCGUCACAUGACCCGUCCCUCCGAAACUUUAUGUCACGCCUCUGAAUUUCCAUGCGCCCAUUUCGUUUUUAAUUGUUUUUUGUUUUGUUUUUUAAGGAAAAAUGUAAAUGAUUAACUGAUACGUGUUUCACUAAGGACAUCUCUGUACUCUCUGGAACUCUGGAAAUGCAGCCUUUGGUUAUUAAAAGAAAAAAGUCUGAACGA